UCGGGAUGCUGGAGCUGCAUGGCUUUUGGCAGGGAAACCUGUGAAGGAUGAAGGUGGACGUGCUGACUUGCCUGGCUCUGGCUGCGGCCAGCUUUGCUGCCGUGGUGACCGGCGGCCGCAGCUCCAGCCGUAGGAAAAACAAAGAGGUUUUCAUCGGCGAGAACAGCAAGUUCAAGUUUGGAGGACGCAUAGACUACAAGUUGAAGAAGCAGGACAGCACCAAAACCCUCCUGAUAAAGAGUGAACAGCUGCUGAGGAUCGAGGAGCACGACUUCGCCAUGAGACCAGGUUUCGGAGGUGCAGCCAUCCCCGUGGGCAUCGACGUGCAGGUGGAGAGCAUCGACAGCAUCUCAGAGGUCAACAUGGACUUCACCAUGACUCUGUACCUGCGCCACUACUGGAAGGACGAGCGCCUGUCCUUUCCCUCUCAAACCAACCAGAGCCGGACCUUUGAUUCUCGCCUGGUGAAGAAGAUCUGGGUCCCAGACGUCUUCUUCGUCCACUCCAAACGCUCCUUCAUCCACGACACCACCAUGGAGAACAUCAUGCUGCGGGUCUACCCGGAUGGAAACAUCCUCUACAGCGUCAGGGUCACGGUGACCGCUCUCUGUUCCAUGGACUUCAGCAGCUUUCCUCUGGACACUCAGAACUGCUCGCUGGAGCUGGAGAGCUACGCCUACAAUGAAAACGACCUGAUGCUCUACUGGAAGAACGGGAAUGACUCUCUGAGGACGGAUGAGAUCGUCUUGUCUCAGUUCUUCAUUGAGCAUUUUCACGCCUCCAACGGCCUGGCUUUCUACAGCAGCACCGGUUGGUACAAUCGUCUCUUCAUUAACUUCAUCCUGAGAAGGCACAUCUUCUUCUUCAUGCUGCAGACCUAUUUCCCCACCAUGCUGAUGGUCGUCCUCUCUUGGGUCUCCUUCUGGAUAGACAGAAGAGCCGUUCCCGCUCGAGUGUCUCUGGGUAUAACAACAGUACUCACCAUGUCCACCAUCAUCACAGGAGUAUCGUCCUCCAUGCCUCAGGUGUCAUAUGUGAAAGCGGUGGACAUCUACAUGUGGACCAGUUUCCUGUUUGUUUUCCUCUCUGUGAUUGAAUAUGCAGCUGUGAACUACUGCACUACUCUGGAAGAGAUGAGGAAGAUGAAGAGAGGGAAGAUCCCCUCCACCUUCAACGCCAGCCAGGCAAUGGCCUUCGACGGCUGUUUCCACGACAAUGACAUUGAGCUGACCACGUUUCCCCGGAUGGCUCCCCCGUUGACCUCUGACCCUCUGAGCACCCCGUCGGAAAACCCCGGCACCCGGCCCAGGGAGGGGACCCGCCUUCGCCGGCAGCGCUCGGUGCGCGAAAACGUGGACCUGCUGGUCAACAACAGCUACAUGAUCGACUCCUACUCGCGCCUGGCCUUCCCUCUGUCCUACCUGCUCUUCAACACCAUCUACUGGAGCCUGUACUCCUGAUCCGGAUCCACACAGGGGACACCAGGACUCACACAACCAGCUCCUUUACGCUGUUCUUUGCUCUGUUUGCUGGAGAGAUUGAAACAAAAAGACUAAAUCCGUGGGUGCAAGGCCUCACUGGGCCAUUCGUCUCAUGGGAGUGUUUUAUCCUGAGAUUAUACAAUGUGUUCUUUUUGUGCUUUGUUGUAUUCUUAUGUGAAAAGCGUUCAUGUCUAAAUGUCCUUCCCCCUAAGAAAGAACUUCACUCGGUUGCACAUUCUGUUUAAACAGGUAUUUUUAUUAGAAAAAUUUACCUGUUCUUUAAUAAUAUAUAUCAGAUUGGAGAAAGCUACCAACUGAUUCCAGAUCCUGAGUCUGCAUUCAUGAUACGGAUGUCACCGAUGAAACAUAUGAGAUAUUUUUCAACUGGAUUUGUGUGCU